GCUGAGGCUCCUUCGGCUCUGUGCAGCUGGCGCAGCAGAGGGAGCCUGGACUCUGAUGGAGGAGGCUGGGAGCUUACAUCUCUGCUGCAUUCAGAGGCGCCCAGGCUGCAGCCGCUGGGUGAAGUUCCCAGCACACACUCAGCCGCGCUGCUAGCACCCAGGGUUGUGGGUUAGCCCCGGCGCUUGUCAACAACAGGGCGAGAUCCCAUUUUUUGCUUUCUCAGAGAAAAGGCUGAGAAAUGAGCCGUCCAAGGAAUCUGGCAAGGAGAAGAGUGAAAGGCAGAUUCCUGCCAGCAGCUAAGUUGUAAAAUUGCUUUGGAGGCUACCCAGGGAGCGUGAUAAAAUUGAUAAGAAAAGAGCAGAUAGGGCUCCGGAGCGAAGGCAUGCCUGACUGCACUUGAGUUGGGCGCAGGGACGCAGCAACUCCAUUGCAAGGGGGAUUCCUGAAAGGAAAACGCGUCCAUCCCGAAAGAAGAGGAACAAGCCAGCAAGCGUGUGCAUUUUUUUAGAAGGCGAGUCCCUAAGACACAGCAUGAAGUUAUAUGAAUAUGAGAGAACCAGGAAUCCCCUCUUCUGGGAAAGAAUUCCUUUUCCAAACGGAGACAGGCUUCUGGAUCCUGCCAAACCUUGACCUUGUCGCGGGGCCUCAUCUGCCUUUCCUGCUCUUUGCAGGGACUCUUGGAACAUUGGAGCAGUGAUGCUGGCCUCGUGUUUACAGAUUUCCACCCUGUUACCUUGUUUACGUCUCUGUAUUAGACAAGCUUGCACUAAUUGCUCUCCAUGGUGGCCAAUCUCUUCAAGAGCUUGAUUUUACCUUACAUUCAUAAGCUUUGCAAAGGAAUGUUUACAAAGAAAUUGGGAAAUACAACCAAAAAGAAAGAGAAUCGUCAGCAGAAAAAGGAUCAAGAUUUUCCUACUCCUGCCCAAAGCAAACCCCCCAAGUUUUCAAAUACCCUGAAAAACACCGUAAAGAGGAUCACAAAGUCUCCAUCCACUCGCAACUUCUCUGCUGAAGACAACGAGGCUAACCAGGCCUUUUCCCUCUCACCAACGUUCAGUUACCGAGUAGCUAUUGCCAAUGGCCUUCAGAAGAAUGUGAUCAGCAGCGAUGAGGACCCACUUCAGGAGCUGUCUUCAAUUGAGAGUUCCUACUCCGAAUCCUUAAAUGAGCUAAGGAGCACCACAGAAAACCAGGAGCAGCCAACACGCACCAUGCCUGUCCGACGCAACAGGAAGAGCUCAAGCAGCCUGGCGCCCUCGGAGGGCAGCUCCGAUGGGGAGCGCACUCUGCACAGCCUAAAAUUGGGAGCUUUACGAAAACUGAGAAAAUGGAAGAAGAGCCAAGAGUGUGUCUCCUCAGACUCAGAGUUAAGUGCAGUAAAGAAAACCUGGGGCAUAAGAAGCAAGUCUUUGGAUAGAACUGUCAGAAACCCAAAGACGAAUGCUCUGGAGCCGGGGUUCAGCUCUUCUGGCUGUAUUAGCCAAACCCAUGAAGUCAUGGAAAUGAUCUUCAAAGAACUUCAGGGCAUAAGUCAGAUCGAAACAGAACUUUCCGAACUCCGGGGGCACGUGAAUGCUCUCAAGUACUCCAUUGACGAGAUCUCUAGCAGUGUGGAGGUUGUCCAAAGUGAGAUCGAGCAGCUGCGCACAGGGUUCGUCCAGGCUCGGAGGGAAACCAGAGACAUUCACGACUAUAUCAAACACUUGGGGCACAUGGGCAGCAAGGUGAGCCUGAGGUUUUUAAAUGUGCCUGAAGAGAGAUUUGAGUACGCUGAAAGUGUGGUGUACCAAAUCCUAGUAGAUAAAAUGGGAUUCUCUGAUGUACCAAAUACUAUUAAAAUUGAAUUUGCUCAGAGGAUAGGACACCAAAGGGACUGUCCCAAUGCGAAACCACGACCCAUUCUUGUCUACUUUGAAACCCCUCAGCAAAGAGACUCUGUCUUAAAGAAAUCAUAUAAACUCAAAGGCACGGGCAUUGGGGUUUCCACAGAUAUUCUGACUUAUGACAUCAGGGAAAGGAAAGAGAAGGGGAUUCCUUCCUCCCAGACAUAUGAGAGCAUGGACAUGAAGCUAUCCACUCCAGAGCCCAAAGCCAAGAAGUUGCUGCCAUCCCCCUAUGACAGUGAUGGAGAGCUGGAAUCUGACCUCAGUAGGAGCAGUUAUGCUGUGCUUCCCAAGCCAGAGCUCCCAGCAAAGGCGAGUACUUCCAAGUCCAGCUCGAAAUCUCACAGUGCUAGGUCUAAGAACAAAUUGGCAAAUAGCAACAGAAUUUCAAGUAAAUCAGACUAUGAUAAAACAUCCUCAAAACUGCAGGAGUCAAACACCUUGGAAAAGCAGUCCACACCCCAUUACGCGGAGGCCACGCCUCUCUGGCACUCACAGAGUGACUUUUUCACUGGGAAAAAUAGUCGUUCUGAAUCAGACUUUUCCAAAUUGUGUCAGUCUUACUCAGAAGAUUUUUCCGAGAAUCAGUUUUUCAGCAAGACUAACGGGAGCUCCCUGCUUUCAUCUUCAGAUCGGGAACUCUGGCAGAGGAAGCAGGAGGGGGUGCUUAUGUUGUACGACAGUCCUCAGGACCAGCCUUUGGAUGGGAGUACCAAAGGAAUGCCAGGCCAGAGUGAAAUCGAGAAUACAGAGACUGUGGAUAGUGGAAUGAGCAACAGCAUGGCCUGCGCAUCUGGAGACAGGAGCAAUUACAGUGGUUCUCAGCUCUCUUUACAUGAAGACCUGUCUCCAUGGAAGGAGUGGAAUCAAGCAGAGCACGGAACUGACGCAGCCUUAGAUUCAUCCACACAGGAAGCCUUUGACUACGACACCAACAGUCUGUCUGACCAACAGCUGGAUGUCUUCCACAAAGACCUAGAUGACUUAGAAAAGUGUCACAGUGACCUGCAAGAUGACUCUGAAAGCUACGACUUAACCCAGGACGACAACUCUUCUCCAUGUCCUGGGCUGGAUAAUGAACCACAAGGCCAGUGGAUUGGCCAGUACGAUUCUUACCAGGACGCCAAUUCUAAGGCACUGUACCCGAACCAAAGCCAGUUGUCCAUGAUGUAUCGAAGUCAAAGUGAAUUGCAAAGUGAUGAUUCAGAGGAUGCUCCACCCAAAUCCUGGCAUAGUCGAUUAAGUAUCGACCUUUCUGAUAAGACUUUCAGCUUCCCGAAAUUUGGAUCCACUCUGCAGAGGGCCAAGUCAGCUCUGGAAGUGGUAUGGAACAAAAGCACACAGAGUCUCAGUGGGUAUGAGGAGAGCGGAUCUUCCUUAAUGGGGAGGUUUCGGACAUUAUCUCAGUCCACUGCAAAUGAAUCCAGUACUACCCUCGACUCUGAUGUCUACACAGAGCCCUAUUACUACAAAGCCGAGGAAGAGGAGGACUACAUUGAACCGGUGGCCGACAGUGAAACAGAUUAUGUUGAAGUGAUGGAGCAAGUCCUCGCUAAGCUAGAAAACAGGACUAGUGUCACAGAAACAGAUGAACACACACAGGACUAUGAUCAUCCUUCCUAUGAAACACCCUAUGAGACCCCCCAAGAUGAAGGCUAUGAUGGUCAGGCAGAUGACAUCAUUAGUGAAGGGGAAUUGGAAGCCUUGAAUGAACCAGUGGCUGAAAUGGAAAUAAGAGACGAUGAAAAGCAAAGCCUUCCUGAACAGCCAGAGGAGGUCAUGAAGCCAAAGAGAAUCCGACCCUCAUUCAAAGCAGCAGCAUUAAGGGCCUACAAGGAGAAGAUGGCAGAACUGGAAGAGAAGAUCCUGGCUGGAGAUAGCAGUUCUAUGGAUGAAAAGGCUCGGAUAGUCAGUGGCAAUGAUUUGGAGACUUCCAAAUUCCCUGCACUCCAGGUGUUCAGUGGGGCUGGGCGUGGACUCUAUGGAAUUGACAGCAUGCCUGAUCUCCGCAGGAAAAAGACAUUGCCUAUUGUGCGAGAUGUGGCCAUGACCCUGGCUGCCCGGAAAUCUGGUCUGUCCCUCGCUAUGGUCAUCAGGACCUCCCUCAACAACGAGGAGCUGAAAAUGCACGUCUUCAAGAAGACUCUGCAGGCAUUGAUCUACCCCAUUUCUUCCACCACCCCACACAACUUUGAGGUCUGGACAGCAACGACACCCACCUACUGCUACGAGUGUGAAGGGCUGCUGUGGGGCAUUGCUCGGCAGGGCAUGAAGUGUCUGGAGUGUGGGGUGAAGUGUCAUGAGAAGUGUCAGGACCUCCUCAAUGCCGACUGUCUGCAGAGGGCAGCAGAAAAGAGCUCCAAACAUGGUGCCGAAGACAAGACACAGACCAUCAUCACAGCCAUGAAGGAAAGGAUGAAGAUCAGGGAAAAAAACCGGCCAGAAGUGUUUGAAGUCAUCCAGGAAAUGUUUCAGAUUUCUAAAGAGGACUUUGUACAGUACGCAAAGGCUGCCAAGCAGAGUGUGCUGGAUGGGACAUCUAAGUGGUCGGCAAAAAUAACCAUCACAGUGGUCUCUGCACAAGGCUUGCAGGCAAAAGACAAAACAGGGUCAAGUGACCCAUAUGUUACAGUUCAAGUUGGAAAAAAUAAAAGAAGAACUAAAACCAUCUUUGGAAACUUGAAUCCAGUAUGGGAUGAGAAGUUUUACUUUGAGUGUCAUAACUCCACGGAUCGGAUCAAGGUCAGAGUGUGGGACGAAGAUGACGACAUUAAGUCCAGAGUCAAGCAGCAUUUUAAAAAAGAGUCAGAUGACUUUCUGGGACAAACAAUUGUGGAAGUGAGGACUCUGAGUGGGGAGAUGGAUGUCUGGUACAACUUGGAAAAACGGACAGAUAAGUCAGCUGUAUCUGGGGCCAUUCGACUGAAAAUCAAUGUGGAAAUAAAAGGAGAGGAGAAGGUUGCACCCUACCACAUACAGUACACCUGCUUACAUGAGAACCUGUUUCAUUAUUUGACUGAAGUGAAAUCUAAUGGUGGUGUGAAAAUCCCAGAGGUCAAAGGUGAUGAAGCCUGGAAGGUUUUCUUUGAUGACGCUGCCCAAGAAAUAGUGGAUGAGUUUGCCAUGCGUUACGGGGUUGAAUCCAUUUACCAAGCUAUGACGCACUUUUCAUGUCUGUCUUCUAAGUACAUGUGCCCCGGGGUCCCUGCGGUCAUGAGUGCCCUGCUGGCCAACAUCAACGCCUUCUAUGCUCACACAACUGUCUCUACCAACGUGCAGGUUUCUGCCUCCGAUCGCUUUGCUGCUACAAACUUUGGAAAGGAAAAAUUCAUAAAACUACUGGACCAGCUGCAUAACUCUUUAAGGAUUGACCUGUCAAAGUACCGGGAAAACUUUCCCGCCAGCAACAGUGAGAGACUGCAGGACCUCAAGUCCACCGUGGAUCUGCUGACCAGCAUCACCUUCUUCAGGAUGAAGGUUCUGGAGCUGCAGAGCCCCCCAAAAGCCAGCACAGUGGUGAAGGAUUGUGUCAGAGCCUGUCUGGAUUCAACAUACAAGUAUAUUUUUGACAACUGCCACGAACUCUAUUCUCAGCUAAUAGACCCGAGUAAGAAGCAGGAUGUUGCCCAGGAAGACCAGGGACCGACCACCAAGAACCUGGACUUUUGGCCACAACUGAUUACCCUGAUGGUCACUAUUAUUGAUGAGGAUAAAACUGCCUACACUCCUGUCCUGAAUCAGUUUCCUCAGGAGCUAAACAUGGGAAAGGUCAGCGCAGAAGUCAUGUGGUCUCUUUUUGCUCUCGAUAUGAAAUUUGCACUAGAGGAACAUGAGAAGCAGCGGUUAUGCAAGAGCACAGAUUAUAUGAAUUUGCAUUUCAAAGUAAAAUGGUUUUAUAAUGAAUAUGUGCGAGAACUUCCUGCCUUCAAGGAUGCAGUUCCAGAAUAUUCCUUGUGGUUUGAGCCUUUUGUCAUGCAGUGGCUGGAUGAAAAUGAAGACGUGUCCAUGGAGUUUCUUCACGGAGCACUGGGAAGAGAUAAAAAAGAUGGAUUCCAGCAGACGUCGGAUCAUGCCCUCUUCUCAUGCUCUGUGGUCGAUGUCUUUGCUCAGCUUAACCAGAGCUUUGAGAUUGUUAAGAAACUGGAAUGUCCCAACCCUGAAGCCUUAUCUCACUUAAUGAGAAGAUUUGCAAAGACUAUCAAUAAAGUGCUGGUCCAGUAUGCUGCAAUUGUAUCGAGUGACUUCAGUUCAUACUGUGAGAAGGAGAAUGUGCCCUGCAUCUUGAUGAACAAUAUCCAACAACUUCGAGUCCAGCUGGAAAAAAUGUUUGAAUCCAUGGGUGGGAAAGAGCUAGACCCUGAAGCUAGCACUAUUCUAAAAGAACUUCAAGUUAAACUCAGCGGGGUUCUGGAUGAGCUAAGUGUCACUUAUGGAGAAAGUUUCCAACAUGUAAUUGAAGAGUGUAUAAAACAGAUGAGUUUUGAACUAAAUCAAAUGAGAGCGAAUGGAAACAGCACAACCAAUAAGAACAGCACAGCGAUGGAUGCAGAAAUUGUUCUGAGACCACUGAUGGACUUCCUGGACAAAACAUUAAGUCUCUCAGCAAAAAUCUGUGAGAAAACUGUCCUGAAACGAGUUCUGAAAGAACUGUGGAAACUGGUUCUUAACAAAAUAGAAAAACAAAUUGUUCUUCCUCCUCUGACAGAUCAAACAGGACCUCAGAUGAUCUUCAUUGCAGCUAAAGAUCUCGGGCAAUUAUCCAAACUGAAGGAACACAUGAUUCGAGAAGAGGCCAAAGGUCUGACACCAAGACAAUGUGCAAUUAUGGAGAUGGUGUUGGCCACCAUCAAGCAAUACUUUCAUGCAGGAGGAAAUGGCCUGAAAAAGAAUUUUCUGGAGAAAAGCCCAGAUCUUAGUUCUCUGAGAUAUGCCCUCAGUCUUUAUACUCAAACUACGGACGCCUUGGUCAAGAAGUUCAUAGAGACACAAGGCUCACAGAGUAGUUCCUCCAAAGAUGCAGUGGGUCAGAUCUCUGUCCAUGUGGAUAUCACCACUACCCCAGGCACUGGAGAACAUAAAGUCACUGUAAAAGUGAUUGCUAUCAAUGACCUAAACUGGCAGACCACAGCCAUGUUCCGCCCCUUUGUGGAAGUUUGCGUGCUGGGUCCCAACCUUGGAGACAAGAAGAGAAAGCAAGGCACGAAGACAAAAAGCAACACGUGGUCACCAAAGUACAACGAAACCUUCCAGUUCAUUCUGGGUAAUGAAAACCGCCCAGGGGCCUAUGAACUCCAUCUCUCAGUGAAAGAUUACUGCUUUGCCCGAGAAGACCGAAUUAUUGGCAUGACAGUCAUUCAGUUACACAGCAUAGCAGAGAAAGGCAGCUAUGGGGCCUGGUAUCCUCUUCUGAAAAACAUCUCUAUGGAUGAAACUGGCCUGACUAUCCUUAGAAUACUCUCUCAGAGGACCAGCGACGAUGUCGCUAAAGAGUUUGUGAGACUUAAAUCUGAAACCAGGUCUGCUUUAGAGAGUACUUGAAGCAAAUACUGCAAGGUUCCAUCUCUGAGAAUUCAUGGACCACCAUCGUUUGACCCUUGCAUGCAUGUGCAAAUACAUGGGAAUGUUUGAAUUCAGCUCGUUUUGAUGUUUGCCAGUCAUCAACCACAAUGUCUACAAGGUAUGUGGGAAACUUCUGAACUUUUAUACCAAUUCUGGUCUUUGGGAAAUAAAUGUUCCAUGAAGUGCCAAAAUUAUGAUGUAAAGUGAAAUAUCAAGACUCCUAACGUUCACGUCAUUCCCAGUUUCUCAUUCAAGAAACAAGCUGAAAAAAAUCACUCUUGAGUUUGUCCAUUAAUUGUCUUUGUUAGAUUAAUGUCUCCUGGCCUGCUGGAAAGCAUUUGAGACUCAGAUGCUAUUUUAUUUAGCGUUGCCUCAUUGGAAACAUCCUGCAUAUCCCUUUUCUACCAUAACUAGAAAUGCAGCAACUUCUAGAACGCAUUUGUAAUUUUAUAGUUGCAAAUAUAUUGUGAUUGAUUUUUGCAUACUAACUAUAAUAGAAAAGGUGGGAAAUAUUUUAUGCUGACCAGUUCCCAACCUUCUGAAAUAUCACUGUGAAGCAACGCUGUCAAAGCAAACUUACACAAAGCAAUGCUAAAUAGUUUGUUAAUGUUUGAUAUAUUGACAAAACUGUGUUCUUUAAAACUGCCACGGUCCCAUCACAUUUGUAAUAAAAUGAAAAAAGGUAACCUGAUACAGUACCAUGUAGCAUUAUGUCUCAGCUUUACCACAUUACAUUCUUUGGAAAGUCAUAGAAUCCAUGGUUUGGAAACAGAAUGCAAGGAUGGUCCAUUUGAAUUACCUGUGAUAAGUACGUGUCAGAGGAAAAAUACCCAUAUCUUUAUGGCUACUUACUUAACUCUACAAUCAGAGGUUUCUUUUAAAAAUAUUCAAUGGUUUAUACUGAAUACAGCAUUACUAUAUAUUGCUUUGGAGCCAAAAGUCACAUCUUCAUAUAUUUAGUGAGGAAAAAAUGUAAAAUAAACUGAAAAAAUUGCUUACAAUUUUGUAAUUUAUGUUCUUUAUAUGCCCCAAAUGCAACUUGAUUACAAAUAUUUGUGUUUUGGGAUUUUUAUGAUUUGAGUUUCUGGAGUCUGUACCUAAACAGUGGGCUGCAGAACAUGACUUUGUCAUGGUAACUUACAGCCACACCCUGAGUGGAUGCCCACCUGUGCAGAAACAAGAGGCUGCUGCAUUGACUGAACUCUGUGAAUAUGCCACUCUGGUAUAUGAGGAGCAGAAGUGAUUAGAUGUUGUGUCUCUCUACCGUUCUGCUACUGUGCCUGAAAACACAGGCUGGUGAGAUUGGCCAAUCCGUGUUAAACUCUUACACAACUGCUUUGUUAAUGACUUUUCCAAAUGCCUCGUAUGAUGCGAUCUCUGCACAUGCAUUAAUAAAUGGAUGUAUAUUGAGCUCAUGCAACA